AUGGCGAUGUUCUUCCUCGGACAGCCUGUGUCCUGGAUCCGCGCCUUGAUCCUACAACACACGACCAAGCUCGCCUCCCUGAUUCGCUCUUCCUUCCAACCAUACACGACCAAAUCCACCAUCGCCAACACGUCUGCCAAAUCAACCAACUGCACCGAGUCUACCCCUCCCGCCAACUCUACGACCCCGACAACAUUAACAUCACCUGGUUCUACCGCCUCUACCAACUCUACCACCUCCACCGUCUCCACGACAUCAACGAUAACCCCCUCCCCUUCACACGCCCCUACCAUUCCACCCCACUCCCGCUCUCGCCGCACCCCUCAUGUCCCGGAACGCGCGCACGCAUACACACUCCAAGACGACAGCGACGGCGACGGCGACGGCGACGGCGACGGCGACAUAUCCCCCCUCUCACUCUCACCCUUGCGCCGGAACGUAGACGGCUUCGAUACAUGGACUGCUCUGGCUGAUGGGCAGGGGGAGGUAAAGGGUGGAUGGCGCACAGGAUAUGAAGUUUCGAGCGGGAUGGUAGUGCGGCGGAAGGGUCGGGGGGAGUUUAAGUUUGAGGGGGCGAUGAAUGACGGAUUUGGAGUUCGGGUGUGA